GCCCUGCCCGGCGCUCUGGGACCCCGAGGAGGCCCUGGCCCGAGGCCUUGCCAUGAAGCCACACUUGAAGCAAUGGAGACAACGCAUGCUCCUCGGGAUCUUCGUCUGGGGGCUGCUCUUCCUGGUCAUCUUCAUCUACUUCACCGACAGCAACCCCGCCGAGCCCGCGCCCAGUUCCUUCUCCUUCCUGGAGACCAGGCGGCUCCUGCCCCUCCAGGGCCGCCAGCGGGCCAUCAUGGGCGCCCUGCAGGAGGGCCCCUCCCCAGGGAGCCUGGAUCCCAACCCGGCGCCCCGGGCGGCCGGGCCCCCCGUGGGUCCCUUCCACGCGGGAGGACCUGGGGACCCGCCGACGUGGGAGCAGGCCCCCGGUGGCCUGGGCCACUCCGAGUUGCUUCCGUCGCAGACGGGGAGGAGAUCUCAAAGCGCCUUCUACCCUGAGGACGACGACUACUUCUUCGCCGUGGGGCCGCCGGGCUGGCAGAGCCACGAGCCGGGGACCCCGGGCUGGCAGCCCCCCGGGGAGCCAGCGCCGCGGCGGGGCGCGCCGCGGAGGCAGCGCGGGAGGAAGGCCCGGAGCCAGGCCUCGGAGGAGGGCGGCGACGAGGGGGAGCGGCUGUCGGCCUCCAUGUCCCGGGCCCUGCUGUCGCGGCUGUGGAAGGGCAACGUGUCGUCGCGCAUGCUGGCCCCGCGCCUGCAGAAGGCCAUGCGCGAUUACAUGGCGGCCAACAAGCACGGGGUGCGCUUCCGGAGCCCGCGCCCCGCCGCGCGCCGCGCCCGCAGCCGCGCCCAGCUGCUGUGCGAGCUGCAGCGGCGCGGCCGCGUGCGCACCCUGGACGGCACCGAGGCGCCCUUCGCCGCGCUGGGCUGGCGCCGCCUCGUGCCCGCCCUGCCCCUCGCCGCCCAGCUCCACGCGCGCGGCCCGCGCACCUGCGCCGUCGUCAUGUCGGCCGGGGCCAUCCUCAACUCCUCGCUGGGAGAGGAGAUAGAUUCUCACGAUGCGGUUUUGAGAUUUAACUCAGCUCCUACCCGAGGUUAUGAGAAAGAUGUCGGAAAUAAAACCACAGUCCGCAUCAUUAACUCCCAGAUUUUAACCAAUCCUAGCCAUCAUUUCAUCGACAGCUCUUUAUACAGAGACGUCAUUUUGGUGGCGUGGGACCCUGCUCCUUAUUCUGCGAAUCUUAACCUGUGGUACAAAAAGCCAGAUUACAACCUGUUCACGCCAUAUAUUCAGCAUCGUCAGAGAAACCCAACUCAACCAUUUUACAUUCUUCAUCCGAAAUUUAUAUGGCAGCUCUGGGACAUAAUCCAGGAGAACACAAAGGAGAAGAUUCAGCCAAACCCACCAUCUUCUGGUUUCAUUGGAAUCAUCCUCAUGAUGUCCAUGUGUAAAGAGGUGCACGUCUAUGAAUACCUCCCAUCCAUCCGCCAGACGGAGCUUUGCCACUACCACGAGCUGUACUACGAUGCAGCCUGCACUCUGGGCGCCUACCAUCCUCUGCUGUACGAGAAGCUCCUGGUACAGCGUCUGAACGUGGGCACCCAGGCUGAUCUACAUCGCAAGGGCAAGGUGGUCCUGCCCGGCUUCCAGGCUGUGCGUUGUCCAGCCCCUAAAGCUGAUGAUGCUCAUUCUUAAGAAAGGGAAUCUUGAGAAUCACUGUGCAAUAAGGUACUACUGUAGUCCUCCAAGUCACAAAAAUAUACUUGAAGCUAGAUGUUAGGCAAUGUAGUGUUGAGUCUUUAAACUGUAAUGAAGUGGUGGCCAUGAGAACUCUGCUCUUCCUAAGCCAUGGACUAUUUAUUACUGCUUUGAAUAUAGAAAUGGAGUUUUAAAGACUCAAGGAAGAUGGAAAAAGAAAAAAAACAUUAAGUAAAAGAGCAUAUGGAAAGCAAAUAGUGUUACCAUGGACAUAAUACCUCCCCAAAAUGUUAGCCUUCUUGUAGGCCAGGGCUUGACCCCAUCAGGAUUGGUUCCAACCUCAGGCUGGGAUGAUAAUGCUGUGUGGGAAAAGUCAAGUUGAGGUCGAGAAUGUCGCUUCUACAUGCAUUCCUCACUCAAGAUCCCGGAUUUUAGGAUGGCGGUCUGUGUUACCACUCAGACAUGUUUAUUUUGACAACACAAGUUCCCCUUGGAACCUAUCAGUUUCUCCACCUCAGCUUUCCCAUGGUCCACCAGACCCAACUCCCUCUGUGUAUCAGAACCAAUUUCUAAAAGCAGGGCUCAUCACUCCUAAACAGUCCAAGGAAAAGCCAAAUGCCUGACAGGCGCCCUGUUUCCCCGGGACUUCAUGACCCAACCAAGAUGAAGUUACGAGCUAGUCUAUGCAGAACCGCAGGGCUGCAGAGCCACGCUGACCUCCCUCGCUCUGACUUCUCCAGCCAUGUCUUCUGGUAGGCAAGUCCAUCCUACAGUUCUUGCACUGAUACAUAACACAGGGUACAGGCUUAUGGGGGACAUCCUUGCUCCUUACAAACUAAAACGGACUUUGCAGUCACCGUUCCUGAGCUGCAGUAGAUACAUACCUACCUGUCUCUUAAUAGAGAUUUCUUGUAGCCUUCAGCUAUUGGAAACUUGGCAGUUAGGUGCUCCAAAGUUUUUACAAAUUCUUUCUAUUGGCAAACAUGUAGAAAUACAAUCUUUGUUUUCAUAGGCAUGUUUUAUGUAAACAGCAUGGCAGAGCCAUAUAACCAAUAAAAUUCUGUGGAAGUAUUGCUCUUUAAUAACAAGGAAUAUAUCUGUGUUUGGAUUGAGAGGCAGAGGAAUAAUUUCAUCCCGAAUUGUUAGCUAGAUUCAGGUAUGUUAAUCUUAACUUCUGUCACUCAUAUAUUAAUGCCUCUCUGACUCGGUGUCUCUCUCUGACUCUUCCCUCCUACUUCUCUCCAGUGAAGAGAGUACAACAGAAGCAUUUUGGAAUAUGACAUUAAACACGACAUUAUUUCCAUAUCAAACCCAAACAUUGCUCAGUGGUAGGUAUAGUUUAGACUUUCUUUGGUAAUGACAAGAGCAGCUUAAUUAAAUACAAUUUUCCUGGCAAAAUGAGUGAGGAGAGACUGUCAGGAAAGUUGAAUGGGAAGGGUUUUUCAGGAUUGGUUUGUUCUAGAAUGCCCACAGGAUUGUCUUCUUGAGCAAGAGUGAUUCUCAGAGCCUGGCAGCUUCCGUUUGCUUAUUCUACCCAGCAGAAAAGAAGUUGGACAACAUGCAACCUCUGUGGCUUACUACAGCUGUGAAAUGAGAGGAUUCGAAAAGUUCCCUUCAGGACAGGAUCUGUGAAAGUCCAUUUGAGAGCUUCAUUACUAAGUCUAUGAGGAGUGAUAGCUAGCUAUGUCUCAUGCACUAACUUACAUCUCAAGUGGCAUUAGGUUUCUUCGUGAUUUCCUAGAAGAACAUGAUCUUGCCACAUUUGUGUGAGUGAUCAUUGCCAUAACUUUGAAUAUAACAAGGAAGCUGGAAUGUAGGACAAAUAUUUCAUCCUAGCAUCCUUGGCCAUUUGAGAACCUUCCAGGCUUUGAUAUUUUAAUACUCACACUAUUAAAGUUCCUUUCGUAGUCUUCCAAGUGACAUUUUAGUCUUACCGGUAUCCUUAUAAUUCAUGACAAUCCCUUUUGAUGAUAAGAAAAUGUGGGUUGAAAAUAACCUAUUGAAGGCAGUAUAAAUAGGCAGUUCAAAAGCCUCAGAAAACACUUCAAAAGUUUUCAACUACCACUCUGUUGUGGUACAUUUUAAAAAAGCAAUUUCAUUAUUAUUUAUAGAGAUUGUUGACAGAAGAGCAAAAAAGAAAUUUAAUUAACUUUUUUUGAAUUUACUAUGACCCUAAAGACUCUUGGAAUGUGGAAUUGGUUAAACAUUCCAAAACUGGUGCAUAUAUUAAUGUAGCAUUGGCUGAGCAUUCUUGUGUUUAGAAAUUCAAAUAAUUUAGCUUCAGACUCUUACACAGUGGUGUCCAUUGCCAUAUCUGCUCCCCAUAUUAGUCAAAUUGUCCUCAGUGGCACUGUUUUGCCAGUCAUUGAAUAAAAUCUUAUGUGCCACAUUUCUUGAACUCCAGUAAACACAUGGCCCUUCUGUGGAAUAGCUAAUACUAAAUGGCAUCUCCAUAACCCCCUUUCUUUCUGGCUCCAUCCCUUCUAGAAUUCUCCAUUCUCUUCAGUGACUGGAAGAGAAUCAAGUCCUCAUGGUACAACCUAAAUUGAUCAGGCAUUUCUUCUUCUGCUUUCAGGACAUAUCAGUCCCUUGCAUUUCAAUAUAAUUUCACCCCAUCCUUUGUUGUUGUUGCCAUCACAAAGUCCCAGAUGUCACAGAGAAUGACAAGGACAAUUCAAAGUAGAUUCUCUCUACUUUGUUUUUCCAAGAGCUCACCUGCGGCAGGAGGAUAAUGUCUAUUGGCUAUGUGAUUCUCAAUCCUAGACUGUUUUCAUAGACACCAAUGAUGGACCCAUGUGGCUGAUCUUUUUUCAGAGAAUAGAUGCUCAGGGACCAGACGUGGUCAAUUCAAAGUCGCACAUCAGCAACUGGGUGCGCUGUAAUAGGCAAGUGAGGGGCCUUCACACAUGUUUGAGUUUCGUGUUUUUCCUUGUCUUUCUGGCAGGAUGUAGAAGUCGAGGUGUCCUGUCUCUCAAGUAGCACUUCCUGUGGAUCUUGUCCCCUUGGUCACUCAGUCCUAUCCUAAUCAACCCUCCACUUUCCAGUAGCCCUCUGUCACCAUAGCCCUAACAUCAAGACAAAAACAAGGUUCAGGUAAUGCUUGGUAGUUUCCAAAUAGAGAAAUAAAAGGACCUCAGUCACUCACUUAUAUGUUUAUAAACUACUUAAUCCCUCAGAACAGAUUAUACCUUAUGUUAUUGGAUGACCUUUGGGAGUGUAAGGAGAACUGUAUUUGUGAAUUAAUCUGGUGGUGUUUAGGAUGUAUUAGGCCAUAUCAGUCUAGAUGACAGAUGGAAGAAUUUCAUCAUGCACCAAUGAUAUGAUUACAGUUCUGUAGGUUUUGUUGUGCAUCAGCACAGUGAUUGUGGUCAAGAUUACUUCUUCCCAUUUGGGCUUGGCUGUGGAAAGAGUGAGAGAAAGGGAGAAAAGCAGGGCUGGGAGAUGAUUUAAUAUGCAGGACAUGUCUCUGAAUAUGUUCUAGCAUAUUAACCUGUUUGAUUUCUGAUUUUUUGACAGUUUAGAGCUCUUGCCCUGUAAUUACACAACUGAUGAAGGCAGCUUCAUUUAGAAAUUAAUUCCUUAGGUAAAAUGUGCCUGAGUCUAAGCUUGUUUUUCUACUCUGGGUAUUUCCUUUGUGAAAUUCUUCUGCAUGUUUCUGUCACUUGGACAUUAUUUAUACAAUUGAUAUAUGGAAAGAAUUUCUUUGAUGGAUCAAUGAAAUAAAGUGUAAGUUCUAGCUCUUCUUUUAUUAAAUGAAUGAAGCCUUUAGUAAGACUAAAAGUAAUCCAGUAUAUUCUCUCUAACUUUAGCCUAAUGAAAUUUGAAGAAUUAAAAACACCAAUAUAGUUCUUAGUCUAGAGACGUGUGUAUGUAGGUAUAGUUAUAUAAUUACAUAUACAUAUCUACACACAUGGUUGCAUUUAUAUUGUGUUUUUCACUCAUCUUUAUGAUGAAACCUUUACAAAAUAAGUUUUAUUUUAAUUAUGUGAGCACUAAAUUUUUCAGAGGAGGAUUACAUUCUAUAUCCUUCUAUUAAAAAAAAAUUCAGUCCUCUACCCUCUACCCUGCCUCUAUAUCAUAUUUUUCAUAUCUCCACCAUGUCAAAAAACAUUUGAAUGAAAUAUUUAAAAGGCAAUAUGAAGGUAGUAUUAUUUCCUAAUCUCAAGUUUUAUUUUAACUCUGAAAUUUGAGGAGAUGUUUAUCUAUAGUGCAUAGCUUUUACAGGAUUGGGGGAAGAAACAUUUACUGGUUCUGUGGAUAAUAGUCUUCUAACUAGAUAGAUUCCAAGCAAGUACAAUGCACUGGUGGUAUUAAAAUCUGACAUUUAUAACAUAUCCUGCUCUGCUCUCAUGAAACUACUUAUGGAACCCUUCCAAUAGAAACCAGUGAACUUUUCUAACAGCUUUGGGAGUUUUUUUUGUAUGAUAAUUUUUAAAAUGAAGUGUGUACUCUUCAAACUAAUCAAGGCUUAAAGUUUUCCAGAAAUUGCAUUUUAGAAGUGUUUGUAUACAUUUUAACACUUGGAUAUUUUCUAUUUUGAUUUUUGUAUAUUUUUACGUAUACACAGU